AUUUGGAUACAUUUUGUUGUUGUUUGUAAUGUUUGUAACUUAUUGAAUAUUAUAACGAUAGCAAUAAGAUUGAUAUACACAUUAUUAAAAUAUAAAAAUAAGAAAAUUUAGAAUUGUAAUCGAAUUUUACAGUUUCACAUUGGAAUGGGUAACAAUUGUACAUUUCUAAUCGAUAAAGAAAUUUCGAACGCAACGAUAUUUUUAUUAUGUAUACAUAAAAAUUAUACAAAUUCAAUAAAAGUAAACAAUAAUUUGAUCUAAUGAGUGAUGCUAAUCAAGGGUUUAUUGCUGUGCAUGUGGGAGCAGGACGACAUUCGGAAACUCUUAAGGAAAAAUAUCAGAAAUUAUGUCGCCAAGCAUGCAAAGUAGGAAUACAAAAUUUAAAAUGUGGAGGAAGUACAUUAGAUACAGUAGUGGAAACAGUGACUAUAUUAGAAAAUUCUCCAUUAACAAAUGCUGGGUUUGGCUCUAAUCUUACUUUAGAAGGAACAGUAGAAUGCGAUGCCAGUGUUAUGGAUGGUACAACAUUACAAUUUGGAGCAGUUGGUGCAGUUAGUGGAAUAAAAAAUCCUGUUUUAUUAGCAAAACGUCUUUGUGAACAACAAUCGAUUAAAAUUGCAUGUGGUAGAAUUCCACCAAGUUUUCUAGUUGGGAAUGGAGCACAUGUAUGGGCACAAGAAAUGGGAAUACAAACUUUACCUCCAGAUCAAUUAAUUUCAAUGAAAGCUCAGAAGUUAUAUAAACACUAUAAAAGGAAAGUGGAAGAUUCUAACAUAGAAGUUUACAAUUGUGUUAAAAAAAGAAUGGAUACAGUUGGUGCAGUAUGUGUUGAUAAACAAGGAAAUAUUGCUGCAGCUUGUUCCAGUGGUGGCAUAAUUUUAAAAUACCCAGGAAGAGUAGGACAGGCUGGUGUAUGGGGAUGUGGUGCUUGGGCAUACAAAGAUAAAUAUUCAAUAGGAACAUGUACAUCAGGUUGUGGAGAACACUUGAUUCGGACUUCAUUAGCGCGAACAGUUGCAGAAGCUAUUUCAGAUAGUCCUUGUCCCACUACCAGUUUGCAUACCGCUAUGAAAGUUGAUUUUAUCGAGUCAAAAUUUCUAUGUGGACUUGAACAGAAACUCGGAGGUGUUAUUGCUAUACGAUACGCAGCACAGGAAGGAUUAGGAGAUUUCUUAUGGAGCCACUCAGCCAAUUCAAUGAUAAUAGGCUAUAUGAAUUCUAGCGAACAAACACCAGUGAGUCACAUGUCCAUUUUGCCAUCCCACGAAGUUGGAAAAAAAGCAGUGGUUGAAGGAAUAUGUUUUAAAAUUGGUGACAAUAUUGAUAGUUGAAAAUAGUGUUAAUAACAUACAACUAAAAGAAAUUUCACCAAGAUUGGACAAAGAUAUAAGGAGUGUGGAAGAAGAGACUCUGAAUUUUAUAUUAAUAAUUCUUUAUGUACAUGAACUUAGAAAUGAAAAUUUCUUAUU